AUGACCGCCAGCGGCGAGAAGGCAAGGGAGAAAGCAAAGAGGACAAAACGCGAGCAUAAGAAGAAGCACGACACUAAACGUCAGGAUAUAGGCGAUGGAAGUUAUGAGAGAAAGACGACAGCUUCGUCGUCCAGCUCGGCCAUUCCGUCAUUAGAGCUUCCAAUGCUUAUGCCCAUACCCGUUGCCGAUCCUCGUCCUGUGGACGUCCUACACCCAAAGCCACGCCAGAUGAACCUGUCUUGUACAAAGAAAUCUGAGAUAACAGGUCAGGAAUACAGGUUUUAUGAUAUUGCCGACAAAGUGAGCAACAGAAACGGGUUCAGGUAUACAUAUGCAAUUGAAGACCUAGGUUUCCCGCACAUUAGAUAUCGGCAAACAGACGUUCCCCCGUACCAUUCACGAUUUAGCUUCGAAGAUUCUCCUGCCUGUAUUACUUUUACAGAAGAUGCCCGAGGAAUAACCACCGGUGAUCCAUGGCAUUCAGCUCGAGCAAACGUUUGCGCACGGGAGGGAACAUACUAUUAUGAAGCCAAGGUGGUAAGCGGAGUGAUGCGAGGCUCACAGCCGGGGCCUUCAGCUCGUGGAAAUAUACGGCUUGGGUUUGCGCGACGUGAAGCCGACCUUGAUGUGAAUGUUGGCGUUGACUGCUACGGCUAUGGUAUUCGGGACGUUAACGGCGAGGUUGUAAACCGAAUGCGGUGCGAGUACUUUUUUCCCAAGGACGAAUCAAUCUGUGAGGGUGAUGUGAUUGGCAUGUUGAUUACCCUCCCGCCACUCGAACUGCACAAGAAGGUUGUUGAAGGGACGUACGAACCGCCGACUGAAGGGGAUGAAAUGGAUGUAGACCAUCCGGCACCUCAGCCAGCACCAGUUAAUUUUAUUCGGGACCGCAUUCCGUUCCACCUAAAAUCCGAUUUUAUGUAUCAGCAGAGCCAUGUCUUUGCUUCGAAACAUCUCCGGGACUAUGCAUUCAACCUCAAAGAGACCCCUACAUAUGGCCCCCCCUCACCCGGCAAUGCAGAAGAUGCAUCCCUUCGAACACUUCCUGGCUCUAGUAUCACCAUCUUCAAGAAUGGGAUUAAAAUGGGAACUCCCUUCGAAAAUUUAUAUGCUUUCCUCCCGCCGGCUUCUCGGUUCGCACAGGCAAGUAAUAACUUGGGCAUAGGCGAGAGAGAGAAUGCAGAUGACGGCAUGAUCGGCUAUUACCCUGCCGUUAGCUGCCAUAAUGGCGGAGCAGUAGACUGUCGAUUUGAAGCUCCUUGGUUUAUUGGCCCUCCUACGGAAGAAUUUCCAAAUGUGAAGCCCUUCGGUGACAGAUUCAACGACCAGAUCUGUGAGGACAUAGUGGCUGAUAUCGUUGAUGAAGUGGAUGCAUUUUGUACUGGAUGGCGGUUGGAAUUACCAGCUACCCACGCAGCUGGCGGCACAAAUGCUUCUACCCCGGUUCCUUCAAACCUGCGAGAGGCGAGCGUAGCAAGCGCUCCUACGAGUAUGGCCAUGGACGGAGCACCGGAUACACCAAGUGCGAUGAGUCAAGCCAUGGAGUGA